AUGGGUUUUAAAUUGAUAACCAUAGAAGACUGCGAAUUCGAAAAUGGAUAUGAAUGCAACGUUAACGAGUACCUGGUUGUCUUCAUCCUUUCGUUAAUUUCCAUUAGUUUCGUUGGAAUUUUAUAUUUUUACAAACGAAAACAACGUCGAAAUGAACGACCAGUGAUAAAUACAAUUUCAAUUGAUGGUCGUUUGAAAAAGGCUUUGGUAGUGUUCAAUGAUGAGAAAAACACUAAAACUCAAAUCUCGGUGAUUUUGAAGGUCUCUCUCACAUUUCAAAGAACUUCCAAUGCCAUUUUAAGUCUCUCCAAUGAAAGAUCACAAUGUAUUCAAGACUUGGAAUUCUUCAAUAUUGUCUUUCUCAUCACGAUUUUCAAUUUGAUUCGAUUCUGUCGUAUUCUGCAUAAUUCUAUGAAUACACGGGUUUUCAGUUUACCAGUUGUCAAUCAUCGAACAAUAUGGAAUGAUUAUUUAUAUUUAUUUUCCAUACUGAAAUCUUUGAAUAAUGGGAAUACCAUCGAUGUCAAUAUUGAUUUCUCACCGAUUGUUAAGACAACUGAAACUUCCAUCGAGCAGAAACCUACGUCGACUGAAGAACGAGAAUUGGUUUGUUUCUGCGAUGGAAGUUAUUCUCAUUUAUUUAAAAUCGGUUAUUCAGGCUUUCGAACAUCGUUUGGAACUUAUCGAUAUCGUUUUCUUUCUCCGAUAUACGGAAGUACAGAGAUGGAAGUGUUUGCUUCAUAUUUAGCGAUCGAAUAUGCGUUAAAAUAUCGAUUUGCAAAACUUCGUAUCUAUACGGACAAUUCCAAAGUGAAACAACUUUUUCAACGACAGAAAAGCGAAGAUAUGAAAAGAUAUUCCAAGUUUUGUGAAAUUCUUCAGCGAUAUAAACAAAAUUACGGGGAAAAUGCGAUCGAUGUUAUACAAGUUCGUGGACAUACGACGAGAUUUGAACAAAAGAAUUGUAAAAAGAAGAAAUACUUCGCCGAAAUUGAUCGAUUUGUUCGCAGAAAAACGCGUCAAUAUAUCAAAACAAUGGUAGAAACAAUUCCAAAGACAUUUUAUGCACAUGUGAUAUAUUCAGAGUAG